AUGUUGUGGAGUCGCCUGCCCUCCGAGAUCUGGGAAACCAUCCUUCAAAACCUCGAUCUUGACACCAUCAAGAGCCUCCGGCUGAUGAAUCAAUGCGCCGCCGAGCGAUGCCUCGGCCCUCGCUUCCUGUCCUAUGCCUCACACGUGGAAACAGAUUUAACAGAAGAGAGUCUCAUGGCUCUGCUCACCCGCGCUCUGCAUCCUUCUUUCCGAAAUGCCGUCCGCCACCUGACCAUCUCAGCGAUCAGCUACGACCAAAGCGGAAAGGAAGUUCUCUAUUACAACAAAGAAGAUAGCUAUGAGGGUCGCGAUUGCGGGAUAAUAUUCGUGUCAGAAGAUCCUCCGACUAUGAUCCCGCUCCAGAGGUGGCCGAUAUCCCAACAUGAUCUCGCGUGGACGAAGAAACAGCAAAGGACUCGCGAUGCCCUCUCGAACGAGUUCAUCAUCGAGACGCUGGUAUGUGCACUGAAUGAGUUCUCUUCGCUGGACGAGAUUAAACUCCAGUCUUGGAUUAUGACUUCGCCCGACAGGAGAUGGAGUCCCUACGAGAUCUUCUGGCCUCUGACUUUCCCGUGGGCUUCCCAUGUCUGCUAUUUAGUACUGGCUGCGAUGGUAAAGAGCACGACGACUGUCCGAGCACUGGACAUUUUCCGUGAUCUGAAUCGCGAAAGUAUCCCCUAUAAACGCUGCAGCAUCCCAGCAAAGGAUUUUGCUACGCAUUUCGCCAAGAUCAGCAAGAUCAGCAAGAACAGCGACGAUAAGAAGGACAUGCGCCUGCUGCUGGAAAGACUUGCGCUGAGUAUCUCGACGGGGAUGGGGACCAAAAGCCGGAUCUAUCGGAGUAUGUUGGAGAGGACAGCCUCGUUGUUGACGCCGAGCUUCUUGAAGUCCGAGGACGAUGAGGCGCUUGGAGUCGGCGACCUCUCCGGCGUGACGAGACUAUUAAAAUGCGCGGCCGAUAAUCUACAGGAUUUGGACCUCCACUUCGACCAUGAUAGUUUGGACGUGCCCCAAACAUACUAUCAUCUCUUUACUAGUAUCGCGGACCAAACUCAUUUCCACCAACUACAGAAAUGUCGUUUGGUCGAUCUUCCUGUUACCGUACCCGCGUUGCUCCGGUUUCUCGAGAAGCACCAGAAUAUGUCGUACCUCACUAUGGAGGGUCUGAUGCUUUCUCAUAGAGAAGAGUGGCAUCUUGUCUUCAAGUUCAUUAGCACCAACAUGCGGAAUCUGGACGUCCUCUGUCUCUCUCAUCUUCAUCAGGGCGGAAUCCGUAUCAACAUGGACCAACAUGUCUUCGCUGAGCGGUAUUAUCCCCCGGGCCACGAGUCCCACGGUCGGUUUUUUGCCGUUAGCUCCGUCAACUGUGCGCCCCCCGAUCUUUAUUUCUUGUUUGCGCCUCGAUGUUUUGAUUGA